ACAAGAAGAAGAAGAAGAAGAAGAAGAAGAAGAAGAAGAAGAAGAAGAAGAAGAAGAAGAAUCAUUGGGUAAACAUGUCUGCUGCGGACGAUGAUACGGAGUUGCGGGACCUGGUGGUCCAGAACUUGGAGAGUAACGGAGCUCUGAACAAGAUGAAGGCAGAGAUGAGGGCAGCAGUGUUUCUGGCCAUGGAGGACCAAGAUAGACUGGAGAACAAAGUCCCACUCGUCAAUGAAAGCCUGAAGAAAUGUUUGAACAGCAGAGACGGUCGCCUGGCAGUGGCUUUUAUUGUGGACUUCCUGCAGGUCUUCAGCUUGGACUUCAGCCUGUCAGUGUUCCUGCCAGAGAUCAACUUUCCAAAUGGUGUUGACAGCAGGGAGGUGGUCUGCAGAGAACUGGGUCUUCAAGACCCUGAGCUGGACAAGAACUCUCCUUUGCUGCUUGAGCUCCUCAGAACAGCACCAUGCCCCCCCCAACAGACACGACUUGGAGAAGUUUUUUGCUGAUGAGCUCCAGGCUGCAGACCAAGAAAUUGACUUCCAGUUUUUCCUGCUAUUGUUCAAACGUCUCCUCCAUCGGUGUAGUCAUGCGGACUCAGAGCCGAUGUUCCCUGCAGACAAAUAUCUUCAGCAGCUGACAACUUCUUCAGCCCCGAGACAGGAGCACUUAGACUUGGACUUGAAUGCUGUGGUAAAUCUUGAAGAAGGGGACUCCUUCUUUGAUGACCCUCUUCCAAAGCCUCACAACAAGACGUAUGGUUGUUCAACAUCUUCAGCUGGAGAUCAGGACUUUUCAGAAGGGAGCAAGUCGCAGCACAGGUGGAGGGACCCCGCUGGGACCAGGGGGGGUCAUGCAGAGACACUGUCUGCAGCUCUAAGGCCAGGAGGAAGAGGAGGGGGCAGCAGCAGAAAGGGAGCCUCAGACUCCAAGGACAGAAGCUUUAAGGCCCCCAGUGACAGAACAUCCUCUCUGCAUUUAGACGAGGACUUUGAAUAUGAUGAUGACUUUCACAGCCAUCGCUCCGAGCUCACCAAGAGUGAGCAAAGCAUAGAUGAUGAGAUCCAGGAAGUUUCCAUUGAGGGCCCUGACAGCAGCGACAAGCUUGAAGAAACUACGCUGGACGUCAGCGUGUCACAGCUCAGCCAGGCUCACGCCGCUGACUUCAUGGAGGACGUAUCUUAAGGCUGUGGGUGUGGAUCUGUUUGCAAUGAGGACCUCUGCUGCACGCCUGACGAGGGGGCAUCUCUUUCCAGGAUCUGUAGUGGUCCACAGAACAAUUCUCUUCUAAAGAUCUGAAAACCUGUCGUGUUCUUUCACCGUUCUUCUCCACACUCCAUUUGUGUUAAGUCAUGUAUUCAGCACUGUAGAUGCUGACCUGAUGGGAGAUGAGAUUCCUGUUAUCCAGCAACCCCCAUCUUCCCUUUUUUUUUUUUUUUUUUUUUUUGAGGCUGAAGCUGCUCUUCUAUGUUGAUUCUAGUUCUGAGGCUGUUCAGUCACGGCAAAGAGAGAUGCUCUUCAUCUGUGAUGUGGAGAAGCUGCAGUGUGCACGUGAGCGUGUACACUGCAGCUGAAAGAGGAAGGCAAAGUCGAGUUUCAUUUGUGUGUCUCUGAACUCCCGUCAGACUGAUCAGAGCACCUCAGCACCAGCAACUCCUGCUCAUCUAGACCACCCAGCUGAGUCCUGCAUACAGAGUCCGGCCACUCCUGCACAGGUCCGUCCAACUUAGUUAUUUUCUCUGUCCUGAUUCUUACCUUCAGAUUAAAUCCCUGACUUGAA